AUGUGGGAAAAAGUCACAAAAGAAUUUAAUUGUAUGUCUCCGGGUAACAACAAAAGAUCGACAGAAGUUUUAAAAAUAUUUUAUGAGAAUAACAAAAAAAAAUUGAGAAAAAAAACUGCAAAUAAGAAAAUCCAUAUUAAAGGUACAGGCGGAGGCCCGCCAGAUAAUAUUAAGGAUGAUCCAACAAAUGAUCUACUUUUGUCGAUCAUGAAUGAGAAGACGGUUUAUGGCCUGAAAUGUUCAUGGGGGGAGAUGUCAUUAGCGAGUCUGAGAAUGAUAAACCUGAUCUGCCUAGUGCCAGUUAUUAUACAUAAUAAAAAUGUAGAAAUCGUUUAUGAGAAUAUAGGCAAGUCUAAUUCACCACCAUCUUUGGCUACGGAUUCUUACAAUGCAGAAAUUAUCAAUGAAGAAUUAUCACAAGACAAUGUAUUUUUUAUGGUGCCAGUUUAUUGA